AUGGCAGAGUACACACUCACACUGACAACAGGUGACAUGCUAGACGCAGGUACCUUUAGUAAUGUCUUUGUCAGUCUGGUAGGCACAGAAGGUCAGUCCAACCGCACACAGUUGACCAGUACUGGACUGGGUAAUGAAACUGGGAAGGUGGGAAGAUUUUCAGUGACGACUGCAUUCACUUUGGGAUUCCUGCUCCUCCUGCAAGUAGAAAAAGAUCCUUUUCAUGAAUUGGAAGAUGAGUGGUUCUGUUCCACUGCCGUGGUGAGGACACCAGAGGACGAUGACGUUUUCUUCCCCUGCUACAAUUGGCUGUCAAGUGGCGAAAUUGUGGUUUUGAGAGGAGGCAGAGCCACAAAAGCAUAUGAAGACUACCUUCCGCUACUUGAAGAACAACGAAAAAAGGAAUUGGUCCAACAGAAGUUGACAUACAAAUGGGAUGAGUACGCUGAAGGAAUGGCUUUUAUUCUAAAUAUCAAAGACCCAAAUUCCCUCCCAGCUGAAGUACGCUACUCAUACUCAAAAGCCAGGGAGUUUGCGUACAGGGUGAAGUUUGCAGAUGAGCUCUUGGAAACUGGCUUACUAAAUAAUGUGUCACUAUGGGAAGACUUUGAGAGCAUGAAGAAUGUUUCCUGGUUCACAAAAUCAACAGUUGCAGAACUAGUGUCACAGCUGUGGAAGAAAGACGACUUUUUCGCAUACCAGUUUCUCAACGGCGUCAAUCCUUUCUUGAUCCGACGUUACUCCAAGCUGCAGUCCAACUUUCCAGUCACAGAGGAAAUGGUGAAGCCAUUUUUGGCCAAUGGGACAACUCUAGCGAAAGAGAUGGAGAAUGGCAACAUUUUCAUUGUCGAUUACAAACUCAUGGAGGGUCUGCCAACAACUGUUCUGGAUGGUAAACGCGUUCCUCUGACUCCUGCCCUCUGCCUACUUUACAUGUCCCCUGAGAAGAAAUUACUACCAAUUGCCAUUCAGCUUGGCCAGCAGCCUUCCAAGGACAAUCCCAUUUUUCUGCCCAAUGACUCAGAGGCGGACUGGCUACUGGCGAAGCUGCACGUGAGACACGUGGACACCUUGCAAUGCUAUUUAGUCGAACAUUUGCAAAAUACUCACUUGAUAGCGGAGGUCUUUGCAAUGGCGACACUUCGCAACCUGCCAAUGGUGCACCCCCUGCACAAGCUACUGAUGCCUCAUCAUCGGGGUACCCUGUAUGUGAAUACUCUAGCUCGGACUUAUCUGUAUGGCCCGGGAAGGACUUUUGAUAUUACUUCCAUUUCAGCAGAGGCACAACUGCCGCUCUUGAGAAAGGCGCUGUCCCAGUUGACCUACACUUCACUCUGUCCUCCAGAUGACAUUGCUGCCAGAGGUCUUGAGUCCAUCCCCAACUAUUAUUACAGAGAUGAUGCUUUAAGGAUGUGGAAUGUCAUCCACAGCUUUGUCAAAGCAGUGGUGACAUACUACUAUCCAUUGGACAUCGAUGUGUCUGCAGAUUUGGAGCUCCAGGAAUGGGUUAAUGAGAUUUUCAACUAUGCGUUUUUGGGUAACGCGGCAUCAGGUUUCCCAUCGACUAUUGAAAAUGUUGAAGGGCUUAUCAAGUACGUUACAAUGAUGAUCUUCACCACGUCAGAACGACAUACUUCAGUCAACAUGGGACAGAUUGAUUAUCAAAAUUGGAUCCCCAAUGGUCCAGUGUUACUACAUUUGGAACCACCAACUAUAAAGGGAAAUGCUACCAUGGAUGACAUACUGUUGACUCUACCCAACAAGUCAACAGGAUCACGCACCAUGUCUGUUAUUUGGCUUCUUAGCGAGAAAUACGAUGACUUUGUCCCGCUGGGUCAGUAUCCUCAACGCUUUAGCGAGCCUGCAGUCUUGAGGAUGAUUGAAGAUUUCCAAGCAGAAUUGUCCACAAUCAGCGAUGCCAUCGAUAAGAGGAACGAGGAGCUUCAGCUGCCCUAUCCAUACUUGAACCCCAGACACACUGAAAAUAGUGUGACUAUUUAA